AUGAGCCUUCCACGUGACAUCGCCUCCAGCCAGCGGCGGAGCUCCAUGGCCAAAAUCGCCCGUUCGCCGUGGGCAGCCUCGCCCGGCGGCCUGGUGCCCCGCCACUCGCCCUCGGUGGCCAGCCUGCUCCAUGGGAACACGCUUUUCAUGAAAAAUGACGCCAGCUCCGUGGCCUCCAAGACGGCCGAGCCGCACUCCAAAAGCACCAGUCCCAGCUCCGAGCAAGACGUCCCCGACGCUGCCCGACGGCCGCUGGACGCCAAAAUCGCCGAGCUGGUCCAGCGCCACUUGCGCCCGGACGCCGAGCUGGCGCUAGCCGCCGAGGGCGCGGACGUCACACGCCACAUCUACCGCUUCGGCACCGACAAGCCGCCGCUCCAGCGCUCCAAAAGCAUGUCGCUGGUGACCGGCCAGGACGAGUCCCGCCGCGGCUCUUCGGCCAGCUCGCUCAACGUGCCCGGCGGGUUCCGGCGCCAGUACGUGUUGGCGCACUCCGGCAAGCGCCGGCCCACGUUGCUUACUCGCAACUUCGUGGAGUUCCUCAGCAUCUACGGCCAUUUUGCCGGCGAGGACCUCGAGGACGAUGACGCCGUGGCGUGCCACUACUCGCCGUACAAGUACGACGCCGGCAGCGACGAGGAAACACCGCUAGUACCGCGGACGCCCGACAGCUACAACCCCGCCGGCACUGCCUCGGACGCCAAGGCGUACUUCUUGCUUGUCAAGGCCUUUGUGGGCACCGGCGUCUUGUUCUUGCCCAAGGCGUUUGCCAGCGGUGGGCUUGUUUUCCUGGCGGCCAUGUUGUUCCUGUUUGGCUUGCUUUCGUACUGGUGCUACGUGGUGCUCGUGUACGCGAAAUUGGCCCUGCGCGUGUCGGGCUUUUCGGAAAUGGGCCGCGUGUGCUACGGCACAUGGUUCCAGCAGUUGAUCUUGCUCUCCAUCGUGCUCUCCCAGGUGGGGUUUGUGGCCACGUACAUCGUGUUCACGGCAGAGAACUUGCGGGCGUUUCUCGUCAACGUGUCUUCGUACGAAACCGCCGACUGGAACAUCGUGUGGUUCAUUGCAUUGGAGGCCUGUGUGCUCACGCCCUUGAGCUUGGUCCGCGACAUCACUAGGCUCUCGUUGCUGGCGCUCUUGGCCAACGUCUUCAUCAUGGUGGGGCUUGUGACCAUCGUGUGCUUCACCGCCAUGGAGCUUCUCGGAAACAGCCUCCAGCCGGGCCCGGGCGUCCACUACCUCUUCAACAAGGACGAGUUCUCGCUUUUCGUCGGCGUGGCGAUUUUCGCGUUUGAGGGCAUUGGGCUCAUUAUCCCGAUCCAGGAGUCUAUGAUCUACCCCGACCACUUCCCGCGUGUUUUGCGCAGCGUGGUGUUGACUAUCUCCACCAUCUUCGUGUUCGUGGGCGGCUUGGGCUACCUCACGUUUGGCGACAAGAUUGACACUGUGAUCCUCCUCAACUUGCCCCAGAACUCGCCCUUCGUCAUCUUGGUCCAGCUUUUCUAUGCAUUUGCAAUUCUUUUGUCGACGCCGAUUCAAAUCUUCCCCGCUGUGCGGUUGAUUGAGCUGCGUGUUUUCCCUCCGUCCUACUCGGGGAAGGCCUCCAGUGGAGUCAAAUGUAUGAAGAACCUCUUGCGGCUGGCGUUUGUGAUUCUCACUUCUGCCGUUGCUUUCUACGGCGGCAAGAAUUUGGACAAGUUUGUGUCCUUCGUGGGCUGUUUUGCGUGUAUUCCAUUGGUAUACAUGUACCCACCCAUGCUUCAUUUAAAGACGUGUUGCGACUAUCAAAACGCAACGUCCAACAGACGCAAAAUGUUUCUUAUGGCAAUGGUCGACUAUACAAUGAUUGUUUUGGGCGGAAUAGCCCUAGUGUACACGACCUACGAUCUUCUCACCCACUAA